UCCCGUCAUCCCUUCUCUUGCGUACACUCAUUGCACCAUAAAGCCACCCUUUUCCUCCCUCUCUAUUCUCAUGUAGGUGUUGCAAACCCAAUCUCUAGUUAAGCUCACACUCGCUUUCAUGGCUAUACCCAAUAUCUUCACCAUAGUUCUCUUGCUUCCGCUUCAUUUGGCCUUCGGAAAUGUCACUAUGAGUUCAACACUCUACGCUGGUGAUCGAAAUUCUUCAUGGCUCUCAUCGUCCAAUGAAUUCGCUUUCGGAUUUUGCCCAAUCAACAACAGCACAAACCUCUUCUUGCUUGCCAUCUGGUUUGACAAAAUACCUACCAAGACCAUCAUUUGGAAUGCAGACAUUCCAGAUCCAGUGCCUCCAAGAUCCAGGGUUCAGCUCACACCAACAGGUCUCUCACUCACUAACCCCCAAGGUCGAGUUAUGUGGGCAAUCGAGCUCGAAGAAAAUGUGUCCUACGGAGCAAUGCUUGACACCGGAAAUUUUGUUCUAGUAUCCUCUAGUUCUCAGUCAUGGCAGAGUUUCAACAAUCCCACCGACACACUCUUACCCACCCAAACUUUGGAUUUAAGCAGUAAGUUAUCUUCUCGAUUGUCACCAUUCAAUUACACAAAGGGAAGGUUUGAGCUUUAUUUUGACAAUGGAAAUCUCUCCUUGAGUCAAAUUGGGUGGCCAGCUGAAUAUCAUUACACCAAGUAUUUUGAUAUUAGCAUGAGUUCUAGUGACUCCGCCUCACAACUAGUCUUCAAUUCAUCGGGACAAGUUUAUGUGAAGACAAAGAGUGGAGAUCAAAUUGCUUUUGGGUUGAGUGAUUCAAGUCUUUCUGUUAGAAGAUAUUAUUAUAGGGUCACACUUGAUUCCUAUGGAGUUCUCUCCUUGUAUUCCCAUCCCAGGGCAUCCAAUGAAGAUCAAGUUUGGUCAAUUGAGGGGCAUGUUCCUGAAAACAUUUGUAAUGCAAUAUUUAGUGAUAUGGGUAGUGGUUGUUGUGGCUAUAAUAGUUACUGUUCUUGGGAUGACAAUAGCAAGAGGCCGACAUGUUCUUGUCCAGAAGGAUAUUCCUUGGUAGAUCUGAACGACAUAUUUGGAGGAUGCCUACCUGAUUUUUCCCUUGGUUGUGGAGCUGAUGAUGCACCAUCACGAGAAAAUCCAGAAGAGGUAUAUGACAUGAAGCCGUUGCAAAGUGUGAAUUGGCCUCUUGGAGAUUAUGAAAAACUGAUCAAUUAUACGAAGGAUGAAUGUAAAAAAUCUUGCUUGUAUGAUUGUAAUUGUGUAGUUGUUAUCUCUAACACUGGAAAGGAAUGUUGGAAGAAAAGAUUACCCCUUUCCAAUGGAAGAUUAUCUGCCAGUGAGGGUGGAACAACCUCACUCUUGAAACUAAGAAUUCAACCAGUAGGUAAUCUAAAACCUUCUUUGCAAAAGGAAAACCGGGUCCAACCUGCUUUGUUAGGGUCACUUAUUGGCUCCCUUGUCAUUAUUACUCUAUUGGUAGCUAGUUUUGUUUCAUUUAUUUUCUUCAAGCCAAAAAAGACUACUUCUCAAGUUUCGAGUCUUGUUGAAACAAAUAUGCACUCUUUCACAUAUGAAGCACUGAAGGAGGCAACACAUGACUUUAGUGAAGAAGUAGGAAGGGGUUCAUUUGGCAUUGUGUACAAAGGUGCCCUCAAAUCAAUGACAAAUACUGUUGUUGCAGUGAAGAGAUUGGACAGGAUGGCUCAAGAACGAGAGAAGGAAUUCAGGAAUGAGUUGAGUGCUAUUGGGAACACUUGCCACAAAAAUUUGGUUCGGUUAAUUGGGUUUUGUGAUGAGGGAGUUCAUAGACUUCUCGUGUACGAGUUCAUGAGCAAUGGUACUCUCGCAGAUAUUCUCUUUGGAAAAUUCAAACCUGUUUGGAAUUUAAGGGUUAAUUUUGCUUUGGGAAUUGCAAGAGGAUUGCUUUACUUACAUGAAGAGUGUGACACUCCUAUUCUUCAUUGUGAUAUCAAACCUCAAAAUAUACUGAUAGAUGAACAUUUGAGGGCAAAGAUCUCAGAUUUUGGACUGGCAAAGCUGCUGUGUUCUAAUCAGAGUCGAACCAACACUGUGAUAAGAGGAACUAGAGGGUAUGUAGCACCAGAAUGGUUCAAAAAUGUGCCAGUAACAGCCAAGGUGGAUGUUUAUAGCUAUGGGGUGGUGUUGCUAGAGAUAAUUUGUAGCAAAAGAAGUGUGGAAAAGGAUAUUGGGAAAGGGGAGGAAGAAGAGGUAAUAUUGACAGAUUGGGCUUAUGAUUGCUAUGUGGAGGGAAGAAUAGACAUUCUUGUAGAGAAUGAUGACGGGGCCAUGGCUGACGUGAGGUUGAGGAAUUGGGUCAUGAUAGCAAUGUUGUGCAUUCAAGAGAAUCCUGAAGCGAGGCCUAGCAUGAGGACCGUGAUGCAAAUGUUAGAAGGCCUUGUUGACAUUCCAAAUCCACCUCCACCUUCAUUCUACACAACUGUUUGAGCGUCGCAACUAUGGAAACAGUACCUCUAUCAUUGUCAUUAUCACCCUGAAUAAAUAAACUGCUUCAUGUUCAUAAUGGUUGUAUUGCACACUAUUUUCUGCUGUAGUCUUUACAUUAAGUAUGUCUUAGCUAGCAUGGUUUUAUAGUCUAUAUUCUGUAGCCAUACUUUGGUUGAUGAACUUAUUAGCUCAAUCAAAGUCUUAGAAAGAUAGGCUUUCUUGAUUUAAAUGAGACUUGAUAAUAAUUUAAUAUUA